AUGACCAACUCUGUUCGCAUCACAGAGGAAAUAGGUGAGACGUUUCUCAGGGUAUAAAUGACGAGGGGUUUAGGCCAGAGUACACAUGCUCUCCUGUCUGCUCCUCAAGAGGACCACCAGAGGACCACCAGAACCAGUACACUCUAGUACCAGGAGACACCAGAACCAGAAGUAGAGUGCAGCACCAGUACACUCUAGUACCAGGAGACACCAGAACCAGAAGUAGAGUGCAGCACCAGUACAGUGUAGUACCAGUAGACUCCAGGAUGUCUCCCUGCUCUCUCCUCCUAUCCCUGCUGCUGGCUGCAGCGCUGCAGUGUGAGCGUGCCCAGUGCAGACGUGUGAUGUGCUCCGACCGCUGCUGCUCCUUCAUAGAGGGCUUCCCCGUCAGACUGAAGGAACUCCGCACCGCCUUCUCCACCAUCAGAGACUACUACGUAAGUACUACAUAUAUACUAUACUAUACUACUACCCUCUCAUAUAUAUAUAUACACUAUACUGUACUACUACCCUCUCAUAUAUAUAUAUACACUAUACUACUACAUAAGUACUACAUAUAUACUAUACUACUACCCUCUCAUAUAUAUAUAUAUACUAUACUACUAUGUAAGUACUACAUAUAUACUAUACUGUACUACUACCCCCUGUCUCUCUCUCUAUAUAUAUAUAUAUACUACUACGUAAAUCAAGGGCAUAACUUUGUGAUGGAUAUUGGGGGGGGCAGGGUCACUUGGUUCCGGUGUCAACUCUCUCUAGGGGGGUUGACAUAUAUAUUUAAAAAAAAAUAGCUAUGAAAUGGUUGUAUCUGGUGAGAAUUUAAGGGAAAAUACAUCCAAAAAAUGUCUGAUAAUCUGAUCAAUAUACCCCAGUCACAACUGAAACCAGUAUGUGUCUAUAUUACAUUAUACUGUGUUCUUACUCUUAACAGCACAGAAAGGCAUCACCACACCCCUUCUUUAACUACAUUUAAAUGUCAAAACCCAUUAUUCUAUUUGUGUACCCUUCACCACGCUUGGCUAGUACAUGGUCUUGAAUAACUCAUGCAGUUUUCAAAGCACUACUGAUCCCGUCACAAUGUACCGAUGCUUGUUUCAAAGUAACAUUAUCACGUGAUCAAUUAUGUCCGAAGCGUCGUUUGAUCACGUGGUUGCAAAAUGCAAAAUCCCAUUGAUUUCGCCAUGGUUCCAGUGCUUACUUUGAUUCCAAGUUGCUUUCAAAUACCGAGCUCUACUUGACACCGUACUUACAAUGUAGUUCGGAUUUGUUCAUGGAAUGUCACCUGAACGUUAGCUCAACAGGUAGAGAUCUCGGGGACCAGAACACUCACUGACUACAGGGAAUUGGGUCAAAUCCCAGCAACGCCUAUAAAAAAAAACGUGACAUCACACUUUCUGCACAUUGUUGUUCAAACAAUUGGUUUAGUGAAGUAUAAGCGUCCAUCCUAAAUAAUGCCAUAGCUUCUGUUUUUGACAUGAAAAAAAGUAAUUGAUAGUAGGCAACUAACCAGAGAGAUCUGAUGAAUAUUGGGGAAGAAACGUAGAUAUGUUAGCCUUCAGGAAGCAUCUCACUGUACCGUUUACACCCACUAUAUCAUGUGCACGUGAUGAACAACCUUUGAUUUGAUAUAAAACAAACAUCAGUAAACUGCGAGUCUAAACUGUGCUGUUUGUUGUCUGCAGGAGGCUAACGAUGAUCUGGAGACAGUCCUGCUGGACGAAGGGAUUCUACACCACUUCAAGGUGAGUUCACCCUCUCCUUCACACUGUUCUCUCUAUUCCAACAGUAGGAUAGAGUUCUCCCCUGAUGGAACGGUUUGAGAUAAAGAAACAGAUCAGGACGAGGAUGCAUGUCCAAUCCAUUCCUGAAUUAGAAGUGAGAUCAAGAUUAAGAAAAUACCCUGAUGGCUAUCCUGGUUAUACUGAUGGCUAUCCUGGUUAUACUGAUGGUUAUACUGAUGGCUAUCCUGGUUAUACCGAUGGCUAUCCUGGUUAUACUGAUGGUUAUACUAGUUAUACUGAUGGUUAUAUUAGUUAUACUGUAGUAUAUAUAUAGCUAGAGGUAAUCUCCUCACCUUCAGUUAGGGUUAGUUAUAAUCUCCUCACCUUCAGUUAGGGUUAGUUAUAAUCUCCUCACCUUCAGUUAGGGUUAGUUAUAAUCUCCUCACCUUCAGUUAGGGUUAGUUAUAAUCUCCUCACCUUCAGUUAGGGUUAGUUAUAACUGUUCCUCUCUCUAUAAGUGUGAUGUCAAUGAUCUUGUUUCCUCAUCAGAGUCCGUUGGGGUGUCACGCUAUGGACAGCAUCCUGAAGUUCUACCUCGACACGGUGUUUCCCACCGCCAUGAACAACAGAACACAGAACAACAACGACUUUAAAUCUCCCAUCGACUCCAUGGGAAACAUCUUCCACAUGCUGAAGAAAGAGAUCGUCCAAUGUGUAAGUAGUCUGGUCCUAUAUAGUCUGGUCCUAUAUAGCCUGGUCCUCUAUUGCCUGGUGCUAGGGCGUUGAAUACUUAUCUAAUCAAGAUAUAUUAGUAUUUUAUUUUUCAUGCAUUUUUUACAAAUGUUAAAAUGUAUCUUCCACUUACAGAGUAUUUUGUGUAGAUCGUUGACAAAAAAUGACAAUGAAAUCCAUUUUAACCCCACAUUGUAACACAACAAAAUGUGGAUACUUUCAGAAGGCAUAUAUAGUCUGGUCCUAUAUAGUCUGGUCCUAUAUAGUCUGGUCCUAUAUAGUCUGGUCCUAUAUAGUCCUAUAUAGUCUGGUCCUAUAUAGUCUGGUCCUAUAUAGUCUGGUCCUAUAUAGUCUGGUCCUAUAUAGUCUGGUCCUAUAUAGUCUGGUCCUAUAUAGUCUGGUCCUAUAUAGUCUGGUCCUAUAUAGUCUGGUCCUAUAUAGUCUGGUCCUAUAUAGUCUGGUCCUAUAUCCUGUGAAAGCGUUAUGAGUUUAUGAUGUGAAAGUGUCUUGAUGUGGUUUGGUUAAGGUCACAGGGAUAUUGUUGAGAUGAUAUUUCCAUGGUUGUGUUUCAUGUCAUUAAAGCUUCGUCAGGUUGUACGACAUAGCAAUAUAUCUAGGCCUCGUCAGAAACCUCAGAUUUAGGGACCGGCCGGCGGUCUAACCCCAAACACACAACACUGACACGAUUACUUCCUAACUUACACAGCAUCCAACAAACCUACUGUUCCCACGCUAGAGAGAGAGAUAAUGUGUAGGUGUUCCCAGCACUCUGCAACCAAUACUGCUGCAUUGUGGGACAGUUUACUACUCUGUCACUCCUAACAAUCCUAAUCUCUCUCUAUAGAGGAACUACUUCUCCUGUAAGAAACCAUUUGACAUCAACGAGUUCACCUCCUCGUAUAAGAAGGUAAGUUUCCUUCAGCCUCAGCCUCUCAGUGAGUGAAUGAGUGAAUGUGUGUGUGUGUGUGUGUGUGUGUGUGUACGCGUGAGUGCGUUUGUAUGUGUAGUUCCUCUAACCUGAGUGUGUUUCGUGUGUGUCUAGAUGCAGGAUAAGGGCCUGUAUAAGGCAAUGGGAGAGCUGGACCUGCUCUUCAACUACAUCGAGGAGUACCUGGUCUCUCAGAGACGCAAACACUGA